AUGAUAGUAUUAUUAUCAAGAAUAUCAGUGAGUGUAGUAUUCAAAUCUACUAAUAAAUACAGCCUAAAACCUGACAGUACAGCUAUUGUGGACGACAGAGCUGUCAGCGGUGGUGUCUAUGCCACAGAAGAGCAAAACGACAUACUGAUCCCGUUUAAUGACCCCAACAUCAUGUAUUUUGGGCGAUGGCGCACCUCGACCAACAGCAUCCAAAGCGGGUGGCCGGGUGCUUAUUUCAAAACAACUAUAUACGGGCCACGGAUCCGCCUUAUUCUGAAAGGCCCCACACAUGUCUAUGUACAGAUUGAUACCGAGAAACCAAAAGAUUACAGAACUCAGUCUGAAAAUGGAGAAGCGAUCGAACUUGACAUCACACCCCAAAUCGAUCUCGGGCAAGGUCCCCAUCAACUAACAGUAGCAGCAUGUACAAAUGCAUCGAUCGAACUUGAGUCACUGCUACUUUCAGACGAACGAGGUACUGGACCAGUAGAUGUGCUAAGCUCGACAGUUGAGUUUGUAGGCCAUGAUCUGACACUUGGAAAGUACACAAGCCAAACAAUCCUGACAAGUUAUGCCUGGGCAGUCUCGGAAAUUCUCGGUACCGAACAUGCCCAGAUCGCUUUACCCGGGGCACGUCUUAUGGAUGGAAAGGAUGGAAGAGGGAUGGAAAGUCAAUACUUUGAGUGGAGUCCCUCUCACACCAAGGAAGCUAGGGCCAAAUGGGAUUUCUCGAGCUACAAGCCCGCUGCAAUUGUUAUCCUUCUUGGCCGCAACGACUAUGGAACCGAAGCUUAUGAACAAUCCCUAGAGCGCUUUCUUUUACAAGUGCGCACACACACUGGACCAGCAUCGAUUUUAGUGCUUUCAGAGCCACUGGGUGAAAUGGUCCGGUCGUCACAACUGGCUGUUUCUCGUAGAAACGAUUUAGGUGAUGAAAAUGUUCAUUUUGUGGAUACGACUAACUGGGUGCGUUAUGGUCCUAGUGCGUUUGUCGAUCCGGGGCACCUUAAUGAUGUAGGUCAUCAAACAGUUGCUCGCAAACUAGCACCCCUUUUGCAGGCAAAACUCGCACGUCCUCGACAGCCAUUCCCUGGUCCACUGCCAAACCCUACUUUACCAAAUGGAUGGCAAACAAUGGACGUUGGCCAUGAGCUGUCUAUUGGGCUGCCUGGAUCAGUAUCCUUUGACUCGGGCAACACAUUUACGCUGUGGGGCUCGGGAGCUGAUAUCAGUGGUACGCGCGAUGCGUUUCGUUUUGUGUAUCAAGCAUUAUCUGGUGAUGGUACUCUUGAAGCUACGGUGGAAUCACAUUCAACAUUUGCCAGCUGCGCCAAGGCAGGUAUCAUUAUUCGUGAACAUCUCUCUUUGGGAUCCCCUCACGUCAUGCUCGGAAUAUCUCCUGCGGAUGGCCUUUUUCUCCAGACACGUUCACAAAAUAUGAAUGACACCCGUCUCCUCAAGAAGUCUCGGGCCUCUCCUCCUUACCGCCUCCGUCUUAUUCGGAAAGACAAUGUCUUUGUCGCCCAGAUGAUGCGUACUUCCGUUGCUCCCCCAAUUUGGGACACUCUAGGAAAUGUCUCGACAACGUUCCUUGCCCGGGACGUUUAUGCUGGUCUUGCCGUAACCAGCUGUGAUACUGCAGUCGUCAGCGUUGCCAAGUUUGUCGACGUUUCUCUCCAGGGAGGUGUAGGCAGUGGAAGUGGUCUCCGUUUUAUAGAUCAGCAUUAGCCAAAUUACCUCUUCUUCUUCCUCUUUCUCUUUCUCUUUGUACAGACCCUUGUUUCCCUUUACUUCUUUUCCUUAUAAUGCCCUGUAUCAUAUGUGCUCUAGCUAUUUUAUAUACAAACAAACAAAGUAUACAUAUACUAUAUCUCUCUCCCUUUCUCUUCCUCUUUAAGAAUAAAAAAGGGUAAUUUGGGAUAUUU